AAGAGGGUUUGUCAACUUGUAUUUAAGAAGGUUUGUGUCCGUGCUCUCUUCACAAAUCGUUCUCUGCCUCCAUCUCAACCUCUCGACCUCCUGAAGUUGUCAAACAAUUUCGCCAACAUGUCACCGAUCAAAGAGGCAAUGGAACUCCUCAAAGCCACAUUCAAGGACUACGCUGGACUGGAUGGAGACAAAGAGACUUUGACCAAAGAAGAAAUUCGUGCCCUGCUCCGCUGCGAGUUUACAGGGGGAUCCACAACUGACGAAGAUGUGGAUGAUCUCCUUCGCAAGUUGGAUACUGACAAAGAUGAUGCUGUUACUUUCAGAGAGUUUGUCAAAAUUGCAACAGACAUGAAGCUGAUGUACUAUUAAGAAUAAAUGAUUUACUUACUGUUGCUACUA